AUGGUGAUCAUUCAGGACUGCAGCAGCGAGAAGCCACAGAUUAUUUCUCGCAACGGCCCCGACAACGCUCGCGUGGAUGUUGAGGCACUGAAGGCACAAGCCCGUGCACUGCGAUCCAAAGCCGAUUCUCUUCGCAGCGAUCGCAUCACAACCACCGUGCCUGGCAACCUUCGCUGGGGCCGCGUGGCCGUGGCUGCAGCUGUCCACGGCGUUCUGCUCAUCGGAUUCAGUACCUGUAUCCAGGCGGCGGCAUCCAACAGGCACCUUCAGGAUGCAAUGCCAUGGCUGGUUCGGCUGACAAUCGUGUUCAUGUUCUCUCUGGCUUGCUGCACACUGGUUUACCUGGGACAAGGGAAGCAGGCUUUGGCCGUGGUUGGCGUAACCUUCAGCUUGGAAAGCAUCCUGCUACACUGCUUGGCAAGCUUUUCCACAAGCCAUGCUGGCCGAGUUCCGCUGGCAUACUACGAAGUGUUGAUUGGUGGCACAGUGACAGCUGUCCUCAGUCAAGUUGGACUGGCUGCGCAAAGCUCGCAGGCAAGUGCCAAGAGAAGUAGCAGCAGCCAUUUUCCUGCAGAGAAGCGUCGACAUACAAGCUGA